CGCCUCGAAACCGUACCCGGGGGCUCGCGGGACCCCGAGCCCGGGCUCCCAGGCCCGGCGGCCAGGUCCCCCGUGCCGCGCGCGCUCCCGAGGGCCGGGGGCGGGGCGGCCGGGGCGGCGGCGGCGGCGGGGGGCGCCCGCUCCUCCCCCCGCGGGCGGCAGGGCAGUAGGCGCCGAGCCCCCUGCGCGCGGCACAUGGGGCGCCUGACGGAGGCGGCGGCAGCGGGCGGCGGCGCUUCAGCGGCGCGCUCGGCCGGGCCCCCUCCCGCUCCCCUUCCCCUGUCUUCCACUUCCCCCGGGUGCACGGCCACCAUGGCGUCCAGCGAGGAGGACGGCGCCAACGGCGGCGCCUCGGAGGCCGGCGAGGAGCGGGAGGCCCCCGGCAAGAGGAGGCGCCUCGGCUUGCUGGCCACCGUCUGGCUCACCUUCUACAACAUCGCCAUGACCGCGGGGUGGUUGGUUCUAGCUAUUGCCAUGGUACGUUUUUAUAUGGAAAAAGGAACACACAAAGGUUUAUAUAAAAGUAUUCAGAAGACGCUUAAAUUUUUCCAGACAUUUGCCUUGCUUGAGAUAGUCCACUGUUUAAUUGGAAUUGUACCUACUUCUGUGAUUGUGGCUGGGGUCCAAGUGAGUUCAAGAAUCUUUAUGGUGUGGCUCAUUACUCACAGUAUAAAACCGAUCCAGAAUGAGGAGAGCGUGGUGCUUUUUCUGGUCGCGUGGACUGUGACAGAGAUCACUCGCUAUUCCUUCUACACAUUCAGUCUUCUCGACCACUUGCCAUACUUCAUUAAAUGGGCCAGAUACAAUUUUUUUAUCAUCUUAUACCCUGUUGGAGUUGCUGGUGAACUUCUUACAAUAUAUGCUGCCUUACCCUACGUGAAGAAGACAGGAAUGUUUUCAAUAAGGCUUCCUAAUAAAUACAAUGUCUCUUUUGACUACUAUUAUUUUCUUCUUAUAACCAUGGCCUCAUAUAUACCACUGUUUCCACAACUCUAUUUUCACAUGUUACGCCAAAGAAGAAAGGUGCUUCAUGGAGAGGUGAUUGUAGAAAAGGAUGAUUAAGUGAUCCCUGCAAACAAGGUGCUUUUUCCAGAAUAACCCGGAUUACUUGAGUCCAAGUUUUAAUAACAAGAAUAAACAACUUUAUGAAAUAUUA